CUUGCAAGAUGGCGGUGCGGUGGGGCGCAGGCGAGGACACUUUAACGGCGUGCCAUAUGGAUUUUUUCCAUUUGAAUACACUCGGAGAGGCCGCUGAAUUGUGCUCUGGAGAAACACCGGAGUUUCUUCAAAGCUACUUGGACCCCUCUAUCCUUUCCAUCUUUGAUGACACCCCGUCCAUGGAGACAAAAGGACAAGACCAGGACAUUGAAGCCACGCUGUUAACCGCUCUGGCGGACAUCAUCGACAAUAUGGAUGAUGAGAACCCGUCCCCGUUUGACAUGCUGCCUGAGUCAGACCUGCUGUCGGGUCAGGGCAGAGAACACUCGCCGCUCAGGAGAUUGGUCUGUCUGCCACGGUCCCCUCCAGAGAAAGACUCCUCCUUAUGUUUAAGACCACUAUUGCCUGGAAAGAACCUCCCCAUGAUGACAACAGACUCCCUGCAGAGAAGUUACGGAGAUGAACAGGAUGCUGGCUUUCUCACUCUGAGCCCACUGAGGCCCAGUUUACCUUCUGACUGCACUUCACCAGAUUGGGAAUGUCUGGCCAUCCCGGUUCCUGUCACCGUUGAGCAGGAGAGUGCCGACGGUCUUUCUGUCAGCCUGGGCGACUUGGUGAAACACAUGCAUCCAUACUGCAUGACCAUUAGCAUGGAGGAUGAUAAGGGCAUGCAGAUGUUGCCCGAAGGAGGAAUCUUACUUGAAGUGGUGGAUCAGUGUAAAAAUGGAGAGCCAAUCCUGGCCAUCCAAGACCUCCCAUUUCCUCUACCAAUUGAAGAGUAUACAGAGAAUAAGCCAAGGGCAGGUGAUGAGGACGAUGUAGCUUCUGAGAGCUCAGAGCAUAUUGUUGUUGUUGUUGAUGAUGAUGACGACGAUGAAGCCUUCUGUCAAGUUCCGGUGAAAAUUCCAGGCUUAUGUUCUGAUGGGAAAGAUAGCAUUAUGAUUAACAAGGAGAAGGAAGACACCCGAGCAAGAAGCCCUUCUCGUAGGAAAAGGAAAAAGAAAUGCAAGAAAUAUUGCCCACCUGUUGAGGGUCGGGUCCUCAGGAGUGCUUCAAUAAUACAUAAAAAACAAGAAUUACCCCCAGAGUUGAAAAACAGGCAACUCAAGGAACAGAAGAAAAACAAAAUGCCAAAGGAUCCAGCUGGUCCUGAAGAUCCCUUUCUAAAACUUAAGGUAAUAACUUUACGCCAAAGUGAAUCCCAAGCAGAAAUGAUUACUUUGAUUCCUGAAUCUAGUGUGAAAGCUGUUACGUUUGUGCCACCACAGGCCACAGGACAGUUAAAAGCUGCUGUUCCUGAAAGUCCAGCCCCAGCACUCUCCUCCCAACAGCCAGAUAAAAUGUCCAAACGGCUGUCCCAAGCUCCUGAUGAGAUCUCCACCCAACCAUCUUUAGUGUCUUUCAGCAACCCAGCAGCUGCUCUUAACACCACAGCGACUGUAGAGGGACCCCUUCCACUGGUGGCUCCUGCAGCUCCAGAGCCAAAGCCCAAGUCCCUCAGUCUGGCAGAGUACAGACAACUUCGGCUGCAGAAGAAGCCUGUUGCGGUUCAAAACCAAGGCGACAACAGCACCAAGUGGCCAAGCCUUCCAGAGCUGCCCAAAGAAUUGCCCCCUAUCCUCUGUUUGCUUCAUCCCAGCCCCAGGGAUACUCGGUGGCCCACCUCCCAGGCUGCAAAGCAGGUGGUGGAGGUCAAACCCACCUGGCAACCCCGGGGACCCUGUGCCCCGCCCACGCCUGAGGCGCUGUUAGUGCCACCCGCCUAUAUGGUCGCCUCAACCAACAAGACUGCUAAUGCUGUCCCUACACAGUCAAAAGUGUCAAAAGAAGUAUCGAGUCCAAAGCCAAAUGUGCCCCAAAAACCUUCAGCUGGUACACCUGAUUCUGUCAACACUCUCGUCUCUGAAUGCCAGCCAGUGCACCAACCAACAGACAAGUGUCCUAAACUGUCAGAAGACAAGACUGAAGUCACUGAGAGGCUUCCACAGUUUGUCAAAACCACUACACAGACAAUCCAAUGCAACUCUGCUGCUGUUGUUCCUAUUCCCAGUCCCCUGCAGAAGACCCCAGUUUGCCAGAAUGUGCCCAAGGUCAUUCCUCACUCCACUCCUUCCGCAAACAAUUGCAGUAAACCUGCAAAGGCCCCGACAAUGAAUCCCAAAGCCUCUUCUACUCCAUCCAUUAAUCCAUUGGCUUCCUCAAGUCUUAAAUCAAAACUAGUUGUGCUUAAACCAAAACCUCGAGUCGCAUCCACGGAGCCAAAGGCAAAGAGUCCCACACAGGAGCUGAUUGAGUCCUUCACCGCUGAGAUGGGUAUUGAGGCAGCUGAUCUGACGAGCCUGUUGGAGCAGUUUGAGGAAACACAAGCCAAAGAGCAACAAAGUAUACUGGAGGUCUGUGGUAGAGCAACAGCUGUAGGAAACUCUAGUGCCGAAUUUGCACAUGAGAGAACUGUUGUGGAGCGUGUCAGAGCCAAUGAUCUCUCAAGCCCUGCAGCUUUGACUCCUCCAGCCACUCCUCCGCAACAGAUGUGGAAACCUCUGGCCCCUGUUGCCCUUCUUGGAAAGGCCAAGGCCUCAGAGUCCUCCAAAUUGAACCCAUCUAAGGCUAUUCAGAUAGAGGCCCGUCCUCUGACCUCAGCCAGAUUCCGUACCAAACCCACUGAAGCUGCCGCCUCUGUGCCUUACGAUGUCGUGUGCAUGGAUCAUGAUUACUGCCUCCCCAGCAGACAUGCUUCUACUGGAGAAGCAGGCAAGCGCUGGAAUGUCAAACAGCAGAUCUCAAUUAAAGCCAUCAAGCACCCUAUUGCAACCACUACAGUGCCCCCGUGUGUCCAGGAGACCACCUGCCAGUUGAACCCCAACACACAAACAUCUUUAGCACCUCCAGUGACAUUGAAUGAUGACAUUGAUAGGAUAGAGAGGUCCUCUGUUCUUGAGACUCCAGAAGCUUCUCCAGCGCGGCAGGAGAGCGAAUCGACUGAAAGCAGUCUUAGGAAGAGGACUUUUGAGAGGUCCUAUCGUUGGCAUGCUGCCUCUCGCAGUCCCAGCCCCAAACAGAGGGGGCGAAAACGAAGAUCCCAACGUUCCCCCUCGGAGUCCAGCAGCUUUGAGUCUGAUUCCCACUCCUCUCGAUCUCGGUCGAGAUCCCACUUGCCAUCCAAGAAAAGGUUUCGUCAUCGCCGCUCUCGCAGCAGAUCCAGCUGUUCAUCUCGUUCCUCUUCACGGUCCUCUGUAUCCCGCUCUCCUCCCAGGAGGAGAAAAUACUCAUAUUCCUCCUCUCACUCUGGUUCUUGGAGUCGCUCUCGAUCGCGGUCUCGUUCUCCCCAAAGACGAACGUCAUGCAGGAGAACCAGAACUCUUUGCAGUCCUUCAUAUCAGAGUACAUAUGGGUAUGCUGCUGAGGAUGUGAAGUCUCGCAAAGACAAAGCCAUAGAGGAGAGACGGGUUGUUUACAUUGGUCGAAUUCGAGGCACAAUGACACAAAGGGAGCUCAGAGAUCGUUUCUCCUACUUUGGUGAAGUAGAGGAUUGUACUCUGCACUUUAGGGAACACGGGGACAACUAUGGGUUUGUGACUUACUACGACACCAAGGAUGCUUUCACCGCCAUUGAAAAUGGGAACAAACUGCGCAAGCCUGACGAGCUGCCAUUUGAUCUGUGCUUUGGUGGAAGGAGGCAGUUCUGCAAAACCACCUAUGCUGACCUAGAUUCUAACAGAGACUAUGACCCACCAGCUUCAAAAGGCAAGAUGAAGACACUAGACUUUGACACUUUACUGAAGCAGGCCCAGCGAAGUUUGAAGAGGUAACAGGAGGCCUGGCGCAGGAAGCACCAAACUUACCUCAAGAGCAAAACUUGUCUUUUCAGUUUGUUGUGGAAUUUGUUUACAUUUAUUUUGUUUGGGAAAGUCUAAUACCUUCUAUCGAAGUGGAAAUUUAUAGUUAAAUGAGUAAAACACAUUAAAAAAUGUAAUGACAAUUUUGUAAUAUUUAACUGUAAAAACAAAAUGAAAUGUAUGACGAGAAUCACUUUUAAGGGUGAAAACAAAAGUGGCAUCCUUAAAUGUUGCGAGAGGAUGUGAUACAUUCAAAUGUUCUGCAAACAUCAAUUAAA